GUUGUUGGAUGGUAACGAAAUUGAAUUUAUCGAGAGUAAUUCGUUAUCUGCAUUGGGUAAACUACAAGAGCUCGGUCUCGCGAUUAAACUGAUGAAUAUUGGCUUUUCCAGUGACUUAAGUCGCAACAAAUUACGGCAUUUUUCGACUACAGUAUUUGGAAGUGGAAAUUUGCAAAUUACUAAACUAUGGUUAGGUGGGAACGAUUUCAUUUGUAAUUGUCAUAUUGUUGAUUUCAUUCAUCACCUACGAAUGAAUGAGUCGCGAUUGUUGAAUUCUGCUAUUUGUCAUGAACCGAUACAAUUGCGGGGUCGUACAAUGGCAUCUCUCAAAAAAAACGAACUAUUCUGCACUGAAACUACGGAAAAUAUUUGUGCGGAAGAUGGUAAUUAUUGCCCAACUGGUUGUACGUGUCAUGAAACAGUAGUGCGUUGUUCGAACAAGAAUCUUAAGAAAUUUCCGACAGGUAUACCUGUUGAAACUACUGAGUUAUUCCUGGACUCAAACGAUAUUGUCAUUAUCCCUCCUGAAUUAAAUAAACUGAAGCGUCUUGUCAAAUUAGAUUUAAGCCAUAACCGGAUUGUUACAAUUGAUAACGAAGCAUUCGCAAAUUUGACCAAAUUAUCAACGUUGAUACUUAGUUAUAACAAACUUCAAUGCUUGGAAGAAGAGGCAUUCAUGCAUUUGACAAGUUUACAUAUUCUGUCAUUGCAUGGAAAUGAUAUUUCAGUCUUACCAGAAGCUCUUGGUAGUAAUUCGCUGUACUGCGAUUGUCGUAUCGCAUGGUUCAGUCGAUGGAUAAAAAGUCGUUUCAUUGAAGCUGGGAUUGCUCGAUGUGAACUUCCUUUAAAUCUUCGAAAUCAGUUGCUUCUGUCAGCUAAUGAAUUACAAUUCAAAUGUGUUGAGAAAGUGCCGAAAAACGUGUUAGUUAAAUGUGAUGCUUGCAUUGAUAAUCCAUGUAAAAAUGGCGGUACAUGUCAAAGGAUGAGCGGAAGGAGAUUUUCAUGUAAAUGCGUAGCGAGAUAUCAUGGAAAAUACUGUGAAAACAAAAUCGAUGCGUGUUAUGGUGAGCCAUGUCUAAACAAUGCUACCUGCAAGAUACUUCAAGAUGGGCGUUUUAAAUGUCAUUGUAUGAAAGGUUUCGAAGGUGACCGCUGCGAGACAAAUAUCGAUGACUGUGUAAAUAAUAAAUGUCAGAAUGGAGCAACUUGUAUUGAUUUGAUAAAUUCCUAUGAAUGUAAGUGCCCAUCAACGCAUAUAGGACGUUUUUGUGAAGAAAAAGUGGAAUUUUGUUCGAAUAAAAUGAAUCCAUGCGCAAACAAAGGAGUGUGCAUGCGAGAAGCUUUUUCUUAUAGAUGUAAUUGCCUGCCAGGUUUUACUGGCAUCAACUGUACGGUAAAUAUCGAUGAUUGUGAGAAUAAUUUAUGCAAAAAUAAUGCAAUUUGUGUGGAUGGUAUACAGUCAUACAAAUGUGAGUGUAUUGGCGGGUAUACAGGAAAGUUUUGCGAACUAUCACCGAUAUCGGGUGACUAUUAUCCAAAUACGUCACCGUGUCAUGCGCAUUCUUGUGAACAUGGUGUAUGUCAUGCAUUAGAAAACGAUGUGUUUUGUAAAUGCUCUGAAGGAUACACCGGUAAGCGAUGUGAACAGCUGAGAGCUGCGGGAUAUGUUGAAGAAGAUGCAUUCAUCGCAUUGGAACCCUUUAUUGCUUCACCAGAUGGAAAUCUAACAUUCACACUGAUUACUACUGCUAGCACCGGAGUCGUUGUAUAUUAUGGUGAUGAUGCACAUUUAUCAGUGGAAUUAUACGAUGGUCGUUUAAAAAUUUCAUUCUGUGUGGGUAAUUUCCCUGCAUCUCAUAUGUACAGCUAUGUUACUGUGCAUGAUGGACGUCCACAUCGGAUAGAAAUUUGUAUCAAAGGAAUAACGCUAACAUUAAAAAUUGAUGAUCAUGAGCCACAAACUGUUGUUAACAGUGGUUCAAAAGCAACAUUUGUAUUAAAAAGCAAAAACUUCUUAUAUAUUGGUGGCAUUCCAAAUGCUGUUGCUCUUAAAGCAACCACUGCAUUUCAUUUAAAACGGCCACACAGCUUUAAAGGAUGCAUCUCCGACUUUCAUGUCAAUGAUGUAAUAGUUGAUUUUGAUAAAGCGGAACAGAAGGAGAGGAUUUUAAACGGAUGUGCCAGAAGUGUGAAUUUAUGUGGUGGUGUGCAGUGUUACAGCGGUACAUGCACAAUAAAUUCCUCAUUAUCAAACGGUUACACAUGUCACUGCCCUCCUGGUUAUAGUGGCACACAUUGUCAACGACGCGAAAUUUUUUGUGCCAAAGAGAAAUUUCGCCAUCAUUACGUGGAUGGUAACUGCCGUUCGGCAGAACAAAUUAAAAAUGGUCGAUGUUAUGGAUGGUGUGGUAGUGACAGUAAAGAGUGUUGUACAGUUGUGAAAAGUAAGAGGCGUAGGGACGGUAGCACUACUUCACAGAUUGUUCGCAUUGUACGAAAAUGUCAGUGUACUGCAGAAGCGGCAUGUCAUGCUGUGUAG